AUGAUGAUGUAUUUAAAUGAAACAAAAUAUCCAUUUUAUUCGUAUACUCCAUCCCGAUAUGCUGCUGGUACGUGUGCCACAAUUGUAUAUAUCUCAUCAAUUGCAUGGCUUGCUCAAUCAUUAUAUAUAAAAUGUCGUCCAUUUCUUUUAUUUUUAUUUGUAUUUGCUGCAUAUUUAACAACAUUUAUCGAACUUAUUUUACGUGCUACAUUAAAUAUAAAUAUAUUAAAUACAAAAAUAUUAUAUAAAAUGACAGCACCAUUAUUAAGUUUAUCUUCUCGAUUUUUACUUCUUGCAAAUUAUUAUUGUUUAAUUGAAUUACGAGGAAAAAAACCACGUGAUAUGUUCGAUCGAGUUAUUGGAAUUGUUGUUCCUAUUACAGCUGUAACUGCAGAUUUACUUUUAGCUUUUGCGAAUGAAUUAUCAUUUAAACCUAAUUAUCAUUAUUUAAGUUUUCAAUUUCGACAAAUACCAGCUGGAUUUAUUCUUGGUCUUGCUUUAUUCUUUUAUAUUAUUCGAUGUUUAUCAAUACCAAAUAUUCGUCAUCCUUAUAUUUUACCAUUAUUAACAAUAUCAAGUACAUGUGUUUUAAUUGAUGCUAUCUAUAUUCAAGCAAUGUCAAUACCUACUUUAUUCAUUGCCCUCACUCAAAGUGAACUUUGGUUUUAUAUAUGUCAUUUAGUACCAAUUGUCAUUACUCUUAUUAUGUGGUCAGUUUUUCAUCCAUGGAGAUUAUUGAUUUCAUCAAAACAAGAUAAUCAACAUUAUGACGUUCGUCUAGUAAUACUUCGACGAACAGUAUCAUUAUAA